AUGGCACACCUGUACGUGUGCCACUCUGCUCCUCCAUUGGCACAGUCAGCCACGAAGGAGGGGCCCGUUACGUACCUGGACCAGGUCGUCAGCGCUGCAACGAAAGGCGUCGUUUCCGGCCACAAAUCUGAACGCUCGGCACGGGGUUGUGUGUUCAACCUGUCCAGUACCUCUGCGAGACGGUGGUCGCCGUUGACGGAGCGGCGCGGCUUCAAGGGGGCAACUGAAGAGUCGGCGUUCGAGUAUGCCGAGUCGGCUGCAGUCGACGCCGCAUCUCUAAUCAGCGAGCCCGAGUCGGCUCUACAGCCGUCAUCACAUCUGUCCUCGUUACCCGAAAGAGCAAGUGACAGCCCCAGAAACGCUCCCCCGGUGGCGGUGCACCGCAAGUGGCCUCGCCAGCGCCUUCUUCCCUCAAUGCUGACGCGUAUCCGUCAAGCGCACGGGGCAACUUUCGAAGCCGCCACAGUGACCGCGACAGCGCACCACCCAUACAAUGACGGACAGGCUUUUCCAGCCGCCGCGAGUGCAAGGGGGGUCGGUCGGGCGUGUGCUGUAUCCAUGCCGACACUGGCGGAGGCAAUGAAACCUCUGCAGCAGCUGCCGCCCAGCCGCCCUUCCCCUGCAGUAGCGCCAGAGCCAUGUGCUGCCGCGGCCGCAUCCUUCGCCUCUGUGCAGCAGCUCCUGAUCAACUACGAGGCACUCUCCCGGCGCGAUCUCAUAAUCGAUUUUUACGCCGCCUACCCCAUCCAGCCAGUAGUCGCCUUUGAGCUGUCACAGCCAGAGCUUCCUGCAGCCGCCCUGAGGGCGGUCACGCGCAAGCCACCACCGCCGCUUCUCCCCUCCCCAUCGACUAGCGAGAAGCGAUCGGUGCCUUCACUGAAGAAGGCAACGGCCGCUAUGUGCGCCAGAAGUGCUUCGUCUGUCCACUUGAACCGCCUUCGGCUGGUGUUUCCGGGCGCUCUCUGGCCUUUUAUCCUCCGGCAUCACUACCAACUGCUCACCCGCACGCUGAGGCGGGAUGUCGAGGCCUCUGCAUUUCCCAGUGAGGCGGUCGAGGACCUUAGCCUGCACGCUGCAGGGGCGGAGAUGGAAGUCACCCUGUCUUUAAAAGAGUCUCCUGACUCGCAGUCGAAGAUCUCAACCACCCUUUCAGCCAGCUCCUUUGCAGAAUCGUGGGAGGUGUACAACCUGGUGGCGUUCUUCUUUUCGCGGGAGGUGCCCCUGACACUACCUCAGUCGGUGGUAUCGCCGCCGUGGGGGCAUGAAAGCAGCACUCGCGCCAGUACUGCAACGACGCAUGCAGCGGUGGACGAGGCUGCGAGUUCCCCGCAACCGACGGCAGUGCCACCACCACCUUUGCCCCCAGUGCUGCGCAAGCACCAGAUGGCACCGACCUUGUUCACACAGGCGUCGCUGUCGAAAAUCAGCGCCGCUGCCGCGACUUCGGCGGCGUACCAGCCGCUGAAGCUGAUGGUACCUUUGCUGUUCCUGGAAGAGGCCUCCGCUGCGCUGCAGAAACUCAUUGAUACCGCGCCGUCACAGCUGCGGCUGGCGCUCCUCCGGGAUACCAUGUACGCUGUGCCGGAUGCGAACGACGUGCAAGUUAACUCGUGGGCGGUUCAGCCAACCGGCCUCUACGUCAAGCUUCUCCUGCACUGUGCGGAUGGAAACGGUAUGCACGUGGCGUUAGACUCCGAGACAGCAAUCAACCGCUGCCCGUACACCGAAACGUGGGACGUUAUUCGAUCCUACACCGCCGGCCUCGCAUCCGUGGCCGUCGAGGUGCCUAUUGUGGCUAAGCGCUGCGCUUCGACGCCGAGGGCCGCGCCUGCGUCGCAGCAGAUGAACAGGAGUAUUACGGCGACUGCCUGCGCCGUGGCGACCACCGUGACCGCGGCUACGCCACAGUCGGAGUCGUUUGUGUGUUCCGCCUCGCCGUGCACAGAGGAGGUGCGGCGAUCGUGGCUGCUGUCUGAAGAUGCUGUGCUUAACGCCUCUGAGUACACAAAGAGCGAAUGGCACAGUGUCAGCACCACCAGCACCGUUUACAGCUUCAUUGCUCGAAACGGUGCCAUCCUCAGCGCUGACUCGUCCUCUGCGAGCGCGAACGAAAGCUUCUUCUCGGCAAGCCCUGUGGCGGCUACAUCAUGCCAAAAACGGGCGGUGAAGUCAUUGAAGAGGCGCGCCACCACCACGACGGAGAUACACACGACUCCAACGAUCGCGCCUGCGAUUGCACCGGGAUGGGUGAAUGAGUUGACCAGCAAGUCGCUCCUCACGCAGACAUCUUCGACACAGUUGUUGCUUUGCGGAACCCUCUCCGAGUCGAACGUCAAGAGCAUCGGUGUCCCUCGCACGGGCUCGGCCACAACGCGGACACCGCUGCUGUCACCUCGUGUGCGCCCAAAGAAAGAGGACACCUCUUCAGUGACGGACGUGCUCGAACGACGGACACAAGCCGUUGCUGAGUCGGCCGCAAACUCCUCCGAGCGAUUCCCGCCGGGUACAAUCACGGCAGAAAGCACGAUGGGGCACCCCAACGCUUACGUGACCGACUCGAUGAAGGCAAGCAGUGCCGCAAAGACGGCGAACAAAUCCCUGCUGGCGCCCUUUCUGUUUCCAACGCUGCUGCCCAUACCACGGAACUCGUCGGGAAAGUCGCCAGUCAUCGGGCACGAGCAGGCCGCCUCGCGCGUGCUUUGUGACGCAGACAAGCAAAGCGCGAAAUCUCUGCAGGAAGACGAGAUCACGCAAGCGAUGUUUGACAGAGAAGAAGAGGCGGCGGCCACUGAGCUUCAUGAUCCGUUCAAGCCACAACUGGAGCAGAAACCGAUGUCCUUGUCACGGUACAUGGCCACAGAGCGCCAACUGGCUCAUCAGCAGCAGCGUAUCAGCUUUGAAGCGAGUAGAUAUGCAAGAGUCGCAGACACCGGCAUCACCAACACGGAGUCAAGCACCACUCCAUCCCCUUCUGAGGACACUGCGAUGGCGACUGACUUCGCAAUGCAGAAGGCCGACUUGGACGGUGCGCAAGGAACGCAUGUCUCCUCCACGGUGGGGGAGAAAUGGGAGACCCUGUGGGAGCACUACCCGCUGCAGCUGCAGCGCGCGUUGAAGGAAGACGUGCACGCUUUCUUUGGCGUGCUCACGGGCGCGAUAGCGAAAGUGAUCGUCAGAAGCAUCGACAAGCUCCACGAGGAAGUGAUGGGUGCACCAGGUGUGGUGCUGCAGCCGUCCAGCCUGGAGCGGAAGGCGGAAGCGAGUGUCACCGUCCCCACUACCUCACACGUCUUUUCGCCAGCAACCGUGGAGCUCCUCCCAGUGCUGCGGAUGCUCCACAUGACAGAUUUCUACACAGCGCACGCUCAGCGCCACCUCUGUCCGCUGCGCUCGUUCGCCGUGUCGUCGAGGUGCAGCGCAGCAGAGGCUGCCGUGCAGCACCGCGCCGUUCCCAUCGAAAGCCUCGUGGAUGCCACCGCAAAGGCUGUCACUAUCAAUCAAGUCGAAGUACUCUCGCCGCUCUCGGCAUCAGUAGCGUCUUCGCCAGCGAAGAACGAACCAAAGUUUCACGACGAGCUGUCUAGCACCCUGCAGGAUCCUCUGCUUGCAGAGCGCGGCAACGAUGUGACGAAGACAGCGAUACAUGAUGCUAACGCCGUGCUGGUGCCUACCAAGACCGAGAUGGCGCUGCAGGCGGUGACCGUCGCUGACGGUAGCGCGCGGCAGGCUGACUUCUCCGUCCCAACAGCUGCACCUGAGCGGUCGGCGCUGCUUCACCGGCGCGCACUCACCGAAUCCUCCGCAGCCUGCGCACCCGUGCGGGUGCUGCUUCGUCGCUUUUUUGACGUCCCGGGGCUCACUGACGAAACGCUGGCAGGCGAGCUGGAGGCGAUGCGCGCGCUCUUUUUCGCAGAGACGUGUGCCGUGCUUGAUACGCCGGAUGAUGUGGUGGAGGACCUGCAACUCUCCGGCCACCUCACGGUGCAUGCGACGGUGCGCUUGCCGACCACUAACUCUGUAGCAGAAUGGUGCUCGCUGUUGUUGGAGCAUGACUACCCAAAGCUGAACGAGCUGCUGCACGAGUGGGCAGCGGCACGAGCGCCGCAGGCACCACUACACGUAGAGGCAAAGGUAGAGCCGGAUGCGAUGAGCUGCAGCACUCUCUUAUCCAGCUGCACGUUGAAGCUCUCACCGACGGCUAGUGCGGCGCCGGUAGAGUCAGACGGCCGAGACGCCAGCUCACACGCCGUCUACGUAGAGGGCGACGUGUGGCCAGCGUUAAUAGAGCAGCGUGCGGAUGUGCUGCGCGAGGCGCUCAUCUCAGACGCCACCGCAGCUCUCUCGACUAUCGAGGCCUCGGUGCACAGGGUGAGCGCGGUGCCGUACGCCAACGGCGCGCUUUUUACGUUUCAUCUCCACAGCCACGGCUCCACGUCGUUGCGCGCAGUAGAGGACGCGCUACAGCAAUGCUCUCUCACAGCUGUCCGGGCGCUGCGCCGCCGCUUCGACGGAACGUCGCGCUACCUCGGCAAUCAUAAGGUAACGGGCACCAUGUACAGAGCGCACCUAGAGGGAAAGGCAUGGAAGCAGGUGCUGGAGGAGCACGGUGACCUCCUCACUGAAACCUUUGUGCGGGAUACGCUGCAGUGCCUGCGUGGCAGUGAAGACGCCGCCGUGUCCGUCACCGUUGCGGUGACAGGCAUUGCGGCGAAGCCGGACGGGAUCACGAUCGCGUACGACGUAGCUAGCACGACGGCCUGUGCUGACGUCGAUCGAGGGCGAGUGGCGCACGCGAUCAUGAAAUACCCCUUCCCUCAGCUGCGGAAGAUGUAUGACAGCUUCAUGCUGGCCCGGGAACCGCUCGAGCACAGCAAGAACGCGCUCCGGAUUGUCCCUCGCCACCUUAGCACAGCGUACGACGUCGCCGAGGUGCCGAACCAACGCCAGUGCUCUCACGUCGGACUUGCACUGGAGAUGCCACUCGACCCUCUCGAGGCAAGCCUGGCGACCCUUGCGCCCGAUGGCAAGGCCGAGACAGCAGGCCCGCUGACUGUCGGAAGCAAAGCGGAGAUGAUGGACGGGCAGAAGGUGUACGAGCUCAAUUACUUGUCAGCUCCAGCCGCGGUGUUGGCGCCUCCAGUCGUGGAAGUGCCGCGGGAGGCUGCAGUCGUGCCUAGCGCGCGGGCCUCUCUAGUGGACAGCGCGCAGGCGACGGAGAAGCCUCCCCCGGCAACCGUAGUGCCCAAUGUGCGCGUCGUUGGGUUGGAGAGGGGCCGCACGGAGGUGGAUAUACGCGUUGCAAACCCACCGUCCCCACUGCCUCGUUUGCAGACAUCCUUGCCACAAAGAAGUGAGCCGAGGGUGCACCAGCAGGAGCAGCAGCAGCAACGGCGGCACGAGGAGCAGAGACGUAUCACGGAACAGCCAACAAAUGCUUCUGAGUACCGAGCGCCGACGUACGCUGCGACCGUGUCAUUCAUGGAAACGGAGUACGAGGAGGACGGCGAAGCAGAAGAAGACACCGCGUCGUCGGAGAGCGACGGAUUCGCUGAGCACACAGCCGCGCUGCCGCCUACUCCUCUGCGCCGCAGCACCGCCCCACGGCCGGCAGUCUCGGCCCGCGCCGCGCCACUCUCUACCACGGCGGCUCCCGUCAUUCGCAUCCCGGUGACACCGUCAACGCCUUUGAAGGUCCUCAACAACGCGGCGUCGGUGGAGCGUCGCACGCCGUGUGCUGUCCGACCGAACGCUUGCCUUCCCAAAACUCUACAAAGCGCCGCUGCCCCAGCCGUCCCCUCCCUGUCGCCCGUCUUCAACCGGAUCGCCGCGGCCUCUUCUCAUGUGCCAGUGAAGCAAGCACUGCGUGCUGCCUCAGCGCCUGCUCAGAAGAGCCCCCUAUCGGCUCUCGACUCAAGCUUGGCAGGUGAGGAGCCUAUGCAUCUGCCAACGCUUUACGCUGAAGGAGAAGGGAAGAUGCACGGCGUGUCGCGGACAUCAGCACCGUCUUCCCUCGCGCGAUCGCCAUCUCUCGUGAGAGUUUGCCAGGCGGCGCCGAUCACGGUUGCGGACGUGCGCAUGGAACAUUCGCCUAAGGUGGAUGUGCUUGACGCAAAGUCGACUGUUAGGGCCGUUCCCAUACUGAGUUGUCCUCGGCCCAGCGCACAUUGUUACUCAGGUACCGGGACCGCGCCUUGCGCGCUUCUACAGACGAGCCAGGCCAAUAUGACAGCGGGGCACCUCUACACUGCUCCGAAGAUGCCCUCAAGCGAGCCAACUUCGCUCUAUCACAGCCACUCUCCGCAGAUGAUCACACUUGCGUCCUGUUCUCAAUGCGGCAGCGCGUCCAAGAUGCGAUCCAGCGUCCUUAGCUCCUUGCCCGCGUCACCUCUGCCAACGACUAGGAUGCUUCCGCGUCACUCGUCGUCGUUCGUCUUUGUUGCUACGGAACCGAUCCGCAGUCUGCAGAGGUUGCAGGACGACUUUGACUUGAUCGAGAGGGCGAUCCGCGCGCGUUACUCUUGCAUGCAGCGCGAGCUCAUGGCGACGGUCACGGCUGCGCUAGCCGGUUUGUAG